AUGGCAUUUUGCAACCAUGAUGAUGCCUCCGCCUUGCUUAGCUUCAAGAGCUCAUUUAGUCUCAAUAUCUCUUCUCAAUCUUCUCUUGGGUAUGAGUCUCCUUAUCCAAAGAUAGAAUCAUGGGAAAAUGGUAGGAAUUGCUGCUUGUGGGAAGGGAUGAGUUGUGACACCAAGUCAAGUCACGUAAUUGGCAUAGACCUUAGCUGCAGUUUCCUUCAAGGUGAAUUUCAUCCAAACACCACUCUCUUCAAACGCAUUCAUCUUCAAAAACUCAACCUUGCCUUCAAUGAUUUUUUCAAUUCUCCAAUGCCUAACGGUUUUGGUGAUCAUGUGGCUCUUACUCAUCUAAAUCUAUCUACCUCUGAAUUUAGUGGUGUUAUUCCUUCUAAAAUCUCUCACCUCUCAAAAUUUGUCUCGCUUGAUCUCUCAUUUCUUGAAAUGAGAAUUGAAGCAGCAACCCUGGAUAAUGUCAUUGUAAAUGUAAUUGAUAUAUGGGAGCUCACUCUUGAUGGCCUAGAUAUGUCCUCCAUUAAACGAGCUCUCUAUCUUUGUGAACUUCUAGAGUUCAAUCAGAGCACUCCUCUUAGAUACUUGGAUCUCUCUGUCACUGGUUUUUCAGGAAAACUUCCCAAUAACAUUAACCAUUUGGAGUCUCUUAACUAUUUGGAUUUUGAAUUUUGUGACUUCGAAGGACCUAUUUCUCUAUUUUUAUCUAAUCUCACGCAAGUAAAACACUUGGACCUUGGUUUCAACAAUUUCAGCAGUGAGAUUCAAUCAUCACUUUCAAAUCUUCAACAUCUCACUUUCAUUGAUCUUUCUGAUAAUAGUUUCACUGGACCCAUUGCUAAAUGUUUUGGGAACAUCACUCAACUAAAUCACCUGAACCUUUGUUGGAACAAUUUUAGUGGUGAGAUUCCAUCAUCACUUUCAAAUCUUCAAUGUCUCACUUACAUCAAUCUUUUUGAUAAUAGUUUCACAGGACCCAUUCCUCAAUGUUUUGGAAACAUCACACAAGUGGUGUUUGGGCAUUGGUCGUGUGGUGAGAAGGCAGGCCUUGUGGCUGAUUUGGGGAUGGCUUUUGUGGAUGAUUGGACCCAUUUUGAUCCUUUCGCUGGCAAAGACCAAUUCCACAAAGCUUGA